AUGAAGUUCUCCCUUACUCUCGCGGCUUCGGCCCUCAUCUCCACCGUCGUUGGUGAUGCCGUCCCCUGGGAGAGACUAAACAAGAACGACUCCAUGCUUCUGGUCGUCGACAUGCAGGAGGGACUCUUCAACCUCGCCCGCGACUUCGAUCCGACCCUCUACCGCAACGCCAUGUUGGCGCACUCCUCUCUGGCCAAUAUCUUUGACCUCCCCGUUGUCCUGACCACCUCCGCCGAGACCGGCCCCAACGGACCCCUCCCUCAGGAGAUCCUCGACAUGCACCCCACCGCGCCCCUGAUCAAGCGCAACGGCGAGGUCGACGCCUGGGACAACGCCGACUUCCGCGACGCCGUCCGCGCCGCCAACAAGUCGCAGAUCAUCCUCGCCGGCAUCACCACCGACGUCUGCACCACCUUCCUCGCCCUGUCCCUCCGCGCCGAGGGCUACUCCGUCUGGGCCAACGUCGAGGCAUCCGGCACCACCACGGAGCUCAUCCGCGACAUUUCCAACGACCGCAUGGCCGCCGCCGGCGUCCAGGUCGUCUCGCUCUUCUCCAUCUCCCUCGACCUCAUGCGCGACUGGCGCAAUACCCCCGGCGCCAACGAGCUCUUCUCCUGGCUCGACGAGUACUACCCCGCCUACGGAUACAUUGCCCGCGGACACCGCGCUGCUGUCGAGAACGGCACCGUCAGCGAUGCGCAGAAGACUCUGCCUCUGCGUUAA